AAAUAUUUAAAUAUUAAUGGUACAUCUUGCACUAAUCAGCACGAUCUGGGAAAAGAUAUGACUUGUCGGCCACCACAAAAGCCUAACGAAGUUGCCCUAGAUCCUAUGUUUACACUGAACUGAAGGGUUUCUCUGUUUUUCUUAUUGAAAGGCCAUGGAAGCAAUAUCUGUUGGAUCUGAUCCUCGUUUUUAUUUUCAAGUGGGAAAGAUGAAAAUCAGUGAGGGGAUAAAAUGUUUGCAAGAUUUGGUACAAUGGUACAAAAACAACUGGACCCCAGAAAAUGCUGGAAUCCUUGAUGAAUCCAUAGCCUACCUUCAAUCUCUUCAACGACAAGCACAGGAAAUCAUUGAAAAUAAUGAGCAAAAUGACAAUUCUGGACCUAGUCUAGAUGAAAAGAUGGUGCUCGAUACAAAUUUUCUGAAUUCAUCAUGUUCUAAACGAAAAAGAUGGACAAAUGAUUGGGAAGACUUCAUCUCUUUAGGCUCAAAUGAGAAGGAAUGGGUUCAAUGUAAAUAUUGUAAGAGAGACUUUGUAAGAAUAAGUAAGAGUGAAACCUUACAUCUCAGGCAUCAUUUAAAAAGAUGCCCAGGUUUGACAAAUCAUGGUGCAGUAGGUAAAGCAAAAGAGAAAAGUGUGAUUGAUCGAGAAUUGACUUGCUUUGAUUUGGUGCGAAGGAUUAUUAAGUAUGAGAUAAAUGGCAUAAAAGAUGAAAUACUUGAUGUUUAUGCACAAGAAAAAGAUAAGUUGCAGAGCUAUUUAGAUGAACUCCCAGGUCGUUUUAAUGUAACAAUUAACUUAUUGUCGAAAGACAAGGUUGACUUUUGGGUUAUGACAGUUUGGUUUAUCGAUGAUAGUUGGGAAUUGAAGAAGAAGAUUAUUCAAUUGGAAAAUGAUGAAAUGGGAGUAGACUUACUUGAAAGAGUGAAGCGUUGGUUUCUGGAUUGGAACAUAGACAAAAGAAUAUUGUCUAUAGCUGCUAAAAAUAUUGACAAUGGAAUAUUUUAUUUAGCUUAUGCAUAUAGAUAUGCAUCAAAGGUUAUUGAGCUUAAAAAUUGGCUUAAUGAACGGGUUCCAUUUCCUUUCAUCUGGAAUACAUGUCCUAAUUUUUUAAGAUAUUAUGUAAAUAAAGUUAGAUAUCAAUCGUCGCAUCUUGUUUACAUUGACGCGAAGCAGCUUGAGGACUACUAUGUGAAGUCGUCAAACAAAUAUAAGUUUGAAUUAGCAGUAAAAAAAGUUGAGUCCAUUGGUAAAAAAGUAACAUCCAAAAAUAAUGAUAGAUUUCCUCUUCCAAGUUCUGAUUUGCUUGAUUGGGUAAUAGGAUGUAAAGAAGCAUUUUGUGAAUUGGAGCAUACAGAUCCUGCUAUCAAGUCUAUCAAGUUUAAUUGGGAUGAUGCAACUUCGGUGCAAAGCUUUUUGGCAGUGUUAAAUGAAGUUUCUAAAAUUAAAUUGGCAAAUGAGUUUUUCCCUCUUCUUUUGAAAAUGCUGAAGUUUGUAAAAAAUGGAUAUUAUCUCAUUCACAGCAUUGCAAGAUUAUGCGGAGAACUGCUUGAUAAAACUAACAUGGUUUUUGUGAUCACAGUCAUUCUAGAUCCACAAUUUAAAAUGGAUAUUGUGGAACAUUUCUGCAAAGAAUUUCAUGAUAAUGAGGCAGACUUACACUCUAAGAAAAUCAUUGAUGAUGUUACAAAUAUUUACAAUGAAUAUGCAAAGGAUGUCAACAAUUCUUCCAUGGUGAGACAAUAUGCAUUUCCAAAUGAGGUUGCUUCAUCAAAAUCAGAACUCAACUGCUAUUUGACAGAUUCCAAGGUUCCUCUAUAUGAAGAGUUUGAUAUACUAGAAUGGUGGCGGGUUAAUUCUCCAACUUAUCCAACACUAGCUAUGAUGGCUCGUGACUUCUUGUCAAUACCUAUAUCUGAGCCCUUUCUUCCAACACAUUUUGAUUAUUCUUUGAAGAAUGAAGUUGAAAAUAUUUAUACUGGUGGGUUGGAUGACGACUUAAAAAAUGCUUUGGUAUGUUCAAAGGUUUGGUUGAAGGACCCUGCAAAUGUAUAAUGAAGUUGUUGAAAUAAAAAUAUUUGUUUUAUAUUUUUCCCAA